GAUGCUGGGACUUGUAGUCCUCAGGACUACCGCUGUCCUUUCCCAUGCUGGGUGCAAAAACUGCCUUCCCCACAUGGCCUUGCGCCUAGGCGCAUGAGCUCUCCAUAGCUUUAGCGCAUCUAUUAUGCUGCCUUGCUGGGGAUAAAAAGAAGAGCAACUGGAGGGACUAUAAGGCAAACGUUGCUGGAGCUGCCGGGGCAAAGUUGCAUGGUUGGUCCCUGGAAAUGGGAUGUCAAUCCCAUUCAGGGAGCAUAAAGGAAGACAGAGAAUCUCCUAGUUGCUGCUGCGACAGCAAGUGAGACCCAGAGGUAGGAAAAUGUCGACUGUCACAUCAGCGAUACAGGCUCCACAGGGCCCUGUCAAUCCACCCCCCCCAGAAGUCACCAACCCCAACAAGCCUGGGCGGAAGACCAACCAGUUGCAGUACAUGCAAAAUGUUGUGGUGAAGACCUUGUGGAAGCAUCAGUUUGCUUGGCCCUUCUACCAACCCGUCGAUGCAAUUAAAUUGAAUUUACCAGAUUAUCACAAAAUAAUCAAAAACCCGAUGGACAUGGGGACAAUUAAGAAGCGACUGGAACAUAACUAUUACUGGAGUGCCAGUGAAUGCAUGCAGGAUUUCAACACAAUGUUUACAAAUUGUUACAUUUACAACAAGCCCACGGAUGACAUCGUCCUCAUGGCGCAAGCCCUGGAGAAGAUUUUUCUGCAGAAAGUAGCCCAGAUGCCCCAGGAGGAAGUUGAGUUAUUACCACCGGUCCCUAAAGGCAAAGGUCGCAAGCCAGCAGCGGGCGCACAGAGCGCAGGAGCGCAGCAAGCAGCGGCCGUGUCCUCUGUCUCCCCGCCAGCCCCUUUCCAGAGCGUCCCUCCAGCUGUCUCCCAGACGCCCGUUAUCGCCGCCACGCCCGUGCCAACCAUCACCGCAAACGUCCCGCCUGUAACUGCGCCUCCUGCUGCCGCUGCCCCUCCUCCUGCUGCUCCGAUUAUGACCGUGGUUCCUCCCACGCCACCUGUCGUCAAGAAAAAGGGAGUGAAGCGAAAAGCAGACACGACCACGCCCACCACCUCGGCCAUCACUGCCAGCCGGAGCGAGUCGCCCACCCCGCUGUCAGACCCCAAGCAGGCGAAAGUCGUUGCUCGCCGAGAGAGCGGCGGCCGGCCAAUCAAGCCACCAAAGAAAGACCUCGAAGACGGGGAGGUCCCCCAGCACGCGGGGAAGAAGGGCAAACUUUCUGAGCACCUCAAGUACUGUGACAGCAUCCUGAAGGAGAUGCUCUCUAAGAAACACGCGGCCUAUGCAUGGCCCUUUUACAAGCCUGUCGAUGCCGAGGCCUUGGAAUUACAUGACUAUCAUGAUAUUAUCAAACACCCCAUGGAUCUCAGUACUGUGAAAAAAAAAAUGGACAGCCGGGAAUACCAGGACGCACAAGGUUUUGCAGCGGAUAUUCGGUUAAUGUUCUCUAAUUGUUACAAGUACAAUCCCCCAGACCACGAAGUUGUAGCCAUGGCCAGGAAACUCCAGGACGUCUUCGAGAUGAGAUUUGCAAAGAUGCCGGACGAGCCCGUGGAGCCCCCUCCCCCACCUCCUCCGACGGCGCCGGUCGUCAGUAAAAGCACGGAAAGCAGCCACAGCAGCGAGGAGAGUUCGUCUGACUCGGACAGCUCCGACUCUGAAGAAGAGCGAGCGACCAGGCUGGCCGAGCUCCAGGAGCAGCUGAAGGCCGUCCAUGAGCAGCUAGCUGCUUUGUCGCAAGCGCCCGUGAACAAACCAAAGAAAAAAAAAGAGAAGAAGGAAAAAGAGAAGAAAAAGAAAGACAAGGAGAAAGAGAAAGAAAAAGAGAAGCACAAAGUGAAAGCCGAGGAGGAGAAGAAACCCAAGGUGGCCCAACCAGCCAAACAGACCCAGCAGAAGAAAGCACCAGCUAAAAAAGCAAACAGCACGACCACAGCUAACAGGCAGCCUAAAAAAGGAGGCAAGCAGGCAUCUGCACCCUACGACUCUGAGGAGGAGGAGGAGGGCUUGCCCAUGACCUAUGACGAGAAGCGGCAGCUCAGCUUGGACAUCAACCGCCUGCCGGGGGAAAAGCUGGGCCGGGUAGUGCACAUCAUCCAAUCCCGGGAACCUUCCCUCAGGGACUCCAACCCCGAUGAGAUAGAAAUAGAUUUUGAAACCUUGAAGCCCACCACUUUACGAGAACUGGAGAGAUACGUCAAGUCUUGUUUACAGAAAAAACAAAGGAAACCAUUUUUCUCAGAAAUUGUGCGUUCCUCCUCCACAGCUGCAAGUGGGAAAAAGCAAGCAGCAAAAUCUAAAGAAGAGUUAGCUCAGGAAAAGAAGAAAGAGUUAGAAAAACGGUUACAGGAUGUCAGCGGGCAGCUAAACAACAACAAGAAACCUGCAAAAAAAGAAAAGUCCAGCUCUGCUCCAUCCGGAGGCCCUUCCCGUCUCAGCAGCAGCAGCUCCUCAGAAUCCGGAAGCAGCAGCUCAAGCGGAUCCAGUUCGGACAGCAGCGAUUCGGAAUAAACUACAGACACUUAAAAAAAAAAAAAGAAAAAAAAAAAAGGACAACAUACACACCAAUACUCUGCAGUGUUCCCUUCUAUGGUUAAUAUACUACUCUUGUUCCACGGUGGUCAGGUUUUUUCUCUCUCUCUUAUUUUUUCAAUUUUUUUAAAAAAUUCAGUGUUAUACAAUAUCUUCCAAUUUUUUUCUUUGCUUUUAAUAGGUCAAAGAUCUUUUUUGUGUGUGCGUGUGACUAGACUUUAUGAUAAGUAGUUCACUUUGCGUAAAGUCUCUAAAUUUUUUUAACUGAAGAUGGUUGCUUGGAUGUGACAAGAGCUUUGAACUCUUAACAAGAGAUCCAUAGAAAAAUCUGCAAGGUGUAGUAUACAGUUUUUUGGGUUUUUUUUUUUCUUCAAAGUUCCCUUUUAAUACACCCAACCUGGCUCACUACGACGCAAGGAAAAAAAAUUUUUUAAAAAGAAAUCUCUGUAAAAUGGUACUGUAUCUGAAAGAUGUUAGCUUUUGAACUAGUUGGUGUAUUUGUUAUUAGCACUAGUAUUCUUAAUCUCCAAGUCUACAGUGUGAUGAAAAUGUCAGAUGCUAUCAUCUUUUUACAUAAAAAGACAAAAACAAAAACUCAUGUACUGUGGAUUGUUAAAAUGUAUCCUUUUUGGGGGGAGGGGGGAUAGAGGAGUAGGCUCCAAUUCAGGAAGGUACUUAAGCAUGUGCUUGACUUUAAGCAUGUGAGCAGUGGAGCUGGUCAGGCCCCCCUGCCCUGCCGUGAAAAUUUUGACUUUUUGUUGAAAAAAUAAAACACGUUCAGGCUUUCAACAAAAAUCAACAAUUUUUUGAGGAAAAUCGACACUUCGUGUCAAUGAAAACCUCCAAUUCCCCAUCAAAAAAUUUUCAACCACCCUCAUGAGCCAGACCCCCGGACAUCAAGGAGACAACCCACAUGCUCAAAAUCAGAUAUGUGCUCCAAGUACCUUCCCAGAUCAGAGGCUUUAGACGGGUCGGGGAUAAAGUGGGUGCUGUAGCUUCGGCCCAGGCCACGUCACCAAUGGAAUGGGGCAGGGAGGUGGAAUGUUUUUUAUCCUAUCUUUAUAUCAGCAAGGAGCUCCCAGGAGGGAACGCUACAUCUGUGUCUCGCAGGGUGCAGGUUUCCAAACACUGAAACUUUUACCUCAAGAAAAAAAAGAAGUGGGGGAGGGGCGGGGGGGGGGGCGGAAAACCAGAAAAAAAAAAAGACUUUUUUUCCCCCCGUAAGGCUCCGCAAUUUUCUAUGAGAGUCCAGCCUAACGUUUAAACCUGCACUGCUGCAACACGUACACCAUUGCCACUGUCCCUAAUUUCAUGUAUAUAUAAAUACUUUAUUUAUUAACACCAUUGGUCAUUUGAAACAUUAAGAAACCUGCAUUGUGAAGAACAGCAGAAAUGCAGAGGGGUUUUUUAAAUGGUUCGAACCAGCCUAAAAAAAUAAAUAAAUCUGAGACCUUA